AUGGCGGUGCACUGGCGCGUGACGUCACGCAACACGUGGACCUCUGUGACACCUUGAUGCAACUUUUAUAGUGCAGAACAAAAGCAAAGGAAGACGAUGACGGACGAGGAUUUUGUUCGUUUGUUUGAAACCUUAUUUAUGGGUUGUAAGUUUAGUUCUCAGCGGAAGAACGAAACGGAGAGAAAGAGCGCACGCGCGCUCGAGAGAGAGAGAGAGAGAGAGAGAGAGAGAGAUGCUAAGGUGCAGAUUGCGCAUCUGGGCUCUGUCAGAAAGUGACAGCUGUGCCGAGCUGACUCUCCUCAGUCUAACCAGCGAUUAAAACUGGAGCUUUGUUUUGUUUUGUUUAGCUUCUGCCGUGUGUUUCCGGCGGUCUCGCGCUCCCCUCGCGCUCGACUAAAAAAAAAAAAAAAACAAACUAUUUUUGAUUCAGAUUUGCCUUGUUAAUUCAAUUUAAGCCUAUUGUUUCUAAUCAGAUGGAUUCGGGAUCCGAGUAGUGCACUUUUUGUCUUUUUAUUAUUAUUAUUUUAUAAACGAAUUAAAAAAAAAAAACAUCUGAAUUUCAUCGAGAAAGUUCUCACUAAUCCUGUCGCGCGCGGGCUCUGUAAUCGCCUUGGCAACCGGAACUCGGUGACAUUUCUCUGUCGCGCGCGCCAACUCUCGUGCUCUCUCUCACUCUCUCUCUCCCCCUCUCCCUCUCUCUCUGCUUUCACUUCUCCAGCAUGAGCUCUAAUAACCUCACACAUCCUUCCCUCGUCGGCUUGCCGUGAAGGAAGUGGACUCAUCGCAGCACCAGGUGUCGGGACAUUUCGUUUCUUUUCGUGUGUUUUCGUUCCUCUCGGCCGAAUGUCAAAAUGCCCGUUCGGCGAGGACACGUCGCUCUCCAGAACACCUAUCUGGACACCAUCAUCCGCAAAUUCGACGGUCAGAACCGCAAGUUCCUGAUCGCCAACGCCCAGAUGAAGAACUGCGGCAUCAUCUACUGCAACGAGGGCUUCUGCCAGAUGUUUGGCUUCUCGCGGGCCGAGAUCAUGCAGCAGCCGUGCACGUGUCAUUUCCUCGCAGGACCGGGCACCAUGAAGAGCGCUCUGGCUCAGCUGGCCCAGGCCCUGCUCGGCUCCGAGGAGCGCAAGGUGGAGAUCCUCUACUACUCCAAAGAAGGGACAUGUCGGCCAUGUUUGAUAGACGUGAUUCCAGUGAAGAACGAGGAGGGCGUGGUCAUAAUGUUCAUCCUGAACUUCGAGGAACUGCUUGAGCCUGCGUUAAAAAUGGGCUUCAGACAGCGAGUCACCCAGAGCUGGAUACGCUCAGGUGUGUGUGUUUGUUAUUCUCAGAAGCGUAGACUGAGGCUGAGAAUGCCGUCUUUACGAGUCACGCGGCAACCUGCUUACCCCAAAGACCAGUUUGAAGGAGUCGUUGUGGACUAUUUACAGCUGCCUGGUAAAUCUGUAGCUCUGAAGGGUUUCCCUGCGCCGUGUAAAGAGAGCUCCCUGCAGUGUGAGACACAGGCUCUGAUCCAUCAGGAGCACUCUUUCACCUCGCCUUCGUCCAGCCUGGAGCCCGGCGGCCCCCAGACCCCCUACACACACUCGCGCACACACUCCCGAGAGAGUGUACACAGCAUGCGGCGUGCCUCCUCGCUGCACGACAUCGACUCCAUCAGGGACCAGUGCAGCGAUGCCUUGAAGCCCAAUAAUGUGAGCUCCACGUCGGAUUCGGAUCUGAUGCGGCAUCGCGCCAUCGGUAGGAUCCCCCAGGUCACGCUGUCGUUCGGGGCAGAGCGGGUCAGACCUCCUUCACCCACCGAGAUCGAGAUCAUUGCCCCCAGCAAGAUUAAAGAUCGCACGCAGAACGUCUCCGAGAAGGUCACACAUGUCACUCAGGUGCUGUCUCUAGGAGCCGACGUGCUGCCCGAGUACAAGCUGCAGGCGCCGCGCAUCCACAAGUGGACGAUCCUGCACUACAGCCCGUUCAAGGCCGUAUGGGAUUGGCUGAUCCUGCUGCUCGUGCUCUACACCGCCGUGUUCACACCGUACAGCGCCGCCUUCCUGCUCAGCGAGCAACAGGACGGAGGCCGAGCCGACUGCGGCUACACCUGCAACCCGCUCAACGUGGUGGACCUGGUGGUAGACGUCAUGUUCAUCAUCGACAUCAUCAUCAACUUCAGGACGACCUACGUGAACCACAACGACGAGGUGGUGAGCCACCCGGGCCGCAUCGCGCAGCACUACUUCAAGGGCUGGUUCCUAAUCGACAUUGUAGCGGCCAUCCCCUUCGACCUGCUCAUCUUCAGAUCGGGCCAAGACGAGCCCCAAACCACCACUCUGAUCGGCCUGCUGAAGACAGCACGGCUGUUGCGUUUGGUCCGAGUGGCGCGGAAGCUCGACCGCUACUCGGAAUACGGCGCGGCCGUCCUCUUCCUGCUCAUGUGCACCUUCGCGCUCAUCGCCCACUGGCUGGCCUGCAUCUGGUACGCCAUCGGCAACGUGGAGCGCACGGGCUCCGCUCGCGGAGGCACCUUGAGGAUCGGCUGGCUCGACAACCUCGCCGAGCAGAUCGGCAAACACUAUAACGACAGCGACGCCUUAUCCGGACCCAGCAUCAAGGACAAGUACGUCACCGCCCUGUAUUUCACCUUCAGCAGCCUGACCAGCGUCGGCUUCGGCAACGUCUCGCCGAACACCAACCCCGAGAAGAUCUUCUCCAUCUGCGUCAUGCUCAUCGGCUCUCUGAUGUAUGCCAGUAUCUUCGGCAAUGUGUCGGCUAUAAUCCAGCGACUGUACUCGGGCACGGCGCGCUACCACACGCAGAUGCUGAGGGUGAAGGAGUUCAUCCGCUUCCACCAGAUUCCCGGAGGCCUGAGGCAGAGGCUGGAGGAGUAUUUCCAACACGCCUGGUCCUACACCAACGGCAUCGACAUGAACGCGGUGCUGAAGGGUUUCCCCGAGUGUCUGCAGGCUGAUAUCUGUCUGCAUCUGAACCGCACGCUGCUGCAGAACUGCCCGGCGUUCCGCGGGGCGAGUAAGGGCUGUUUACGAGCUCUGGCCAUUCGCUUUAAAACCACACACGCUCCACCGGGAGACACGCUGGUGCACAACGGCGACGUGCUCACGGCUCUCUACUUCAUCUCCCGCGGCUCCAUCGAGAUCCUUCGAGACGAUGUGGUCGUGGCCAUCUUAGGUAAGAACGACAUCUUCGGCGAGCCCAUCAGUCUGUACGGCAGGCCUGGGAAAUCGAGCGCCGACGUCAGGGCUCUGACCUACUGCGACCUCCACAAGAUCCUGAGGGACGACCUGCUCGAGGUGCUCGACAUGUACCCCGAUUUUUCCGACAGCUUCUGGACAAACCUGGAGAUCACGUUCAACCUCCGAGAUGCAGACAGAAUUAUACAACCAGACCCCAGCGAGGAGUCAGACUGCGGCUACAGACGAGCACAGCACAGGAGAAACUCCCUCCAUCGCAACAGACCGGAUGGCACGGAUCGAGAAGACUCUUAUCCAGACCAGACAUGCAGCUCCGUGGGGAACCACAGAGGGGUGCUGUUGCACUCACACUGGGAUGAGCUGUGCAGCAGUGUGAGCGCUGCCUCUUUGUCCAGUGAGGAUGAGAUGAAACACUUGGGGCCUGAACGGGGAGAAGUGUACCCUCCAGAAGUGAGGGAAUACGUCCCGACUGUGAUUAACCUCCUCCCCCCCAGCACUGAAGAACGGGGAGCUCAUGCCUAUUCAGGCUCUCUGAACGUCUCGGGGCUGUACGGCUGCUGGUCCGAGCGACGGCCGAGUCAGUACCCCGAGAGUCCGAGACGACUUUCCACAUCAGCACGCGCCUGCUAUCAUCAUCUCCAGCGCGGUGCGAAUGCCGAGGAGAGACCGAGCGAUCUUCAGUCCCGCCUUGAACUGCUGCAGUCCCAGCUGAACCGUCUGGAGACACGGAUGACGGCUGACAUUAACGUGAUCCUGCAGCUGCUCCAGCGACAGAUGGCUCAAGUCCCACCCGCUUACAGCUCCGUGUCUCCAGCCUCGGCGGUCCUUCCCACCGCUUCUCCAUCCGACCUGUACGGGACUCCGAUUUUCCACCCUACAACACCUCCCACUCCUGCUGCACACUUCAGAGAGCCAACACACACCUCCAGCAACGACAGUCCUGAGUCUCACGCGUCCCUGUCCGACGGCGUCCACCUCAGCGUCGCCACGGACGACACCGCGUCCAUCUCGCCGGAGCCCGAGACCAAACCGUCCGUCCCUGCGAAUCUCAACAUCCCUGAAAACCUGCAUCCUCACCUCAGCCUGCGCUUCACCUCUCUCCCCGAGCACCUGGAGAGCCUGAGCAGCCUUGAGGACAGAUCACAGAUCCAACGGCACCUGUCCGACCCUGUUCUCCCGGGCACCUAGAGUCUCGACCGGGCUGCACUCUGCACUGUUCUCAUCUCCCCGCUGGGCCACGUGUCCACCAUUAGCUCUACCGCAGGACAGACCAGACAGGACAGAGCCGCAGUCCUCCUCCUCCUCCUCCUCCUCUUCGUCCUCCUCCCUCUCUUCCUGCUCCCGUGAGCUUCAAACGCACUGUACGCUGCUACUCACGGACACGGGUCGAUCCGCGUCGAGUGCAGACGACCCAGUACGAGUUCCAGACAAACACACUCGCUCAAAUACAAAGCACACACACGUAUGUAUCCCAGACUGUAGCACACGGCACAGGCGCGAAGGAAGCGGUAGCGUUACUCAUUCGGGUCGCAAAGAUCGGACGUAAAAGGGGUGAUGAGUAAUUCUAAUUAAACCUCCUGUUACCAUUUACGAAGGCCGGCCGUCUUGACGAUUUUAUGACCGCAGCGCUGUUUACCGAGGGAAAUCUAAAAGGACGUAAACAUCAACGAGUAAAGAGAGGCAGCAGCCAAGUUUCCACGUAUAUAUAUAUUUUUAAUGCGAAUUCUGGGGUAGCGCGUAAAAAAGAAAUCGGAUAAAUUCCUCCAUGCGCAUUAAAAAAAAAAUAAAAAAUUCAAAAUGUCAGAAAGCAAGACGCGGCGGUUUCCUCGAAGUGACGUUUUUGUAUACAGCAUGACAUUUUCGAACAUAAGUCGAAUUCGCGGCUCGGGCGGAAACGUAGCUAGCGUGCUCCAGAAGCACUGAUUAUUAAACCAUUUGGCGAACAUCUAGUCUUCUCAUCUGACCGCUUACUUUCUGAUGAAAUUCCUUCCAUUCUGUGUGAAAUAUUAAAAGGAACGCUCUGAACCGCUCCAGCCCGAAUCCGUUUAUAUCGAAAUGUUGGUGACGUGCUCGGCGAUUCUGGUGCUCGGAUUUCUAUUCAUCGACCCGGCGUCUUCUCGUUAGUCCCGUGAGAUUAUUUCCCACGGUCCCGAGCAGUGUUCUCGCUCACCGUUUUCCAUUCAGCGACGGUCGACGUGAUAGUAGUAGGGAGAGACGUCAGAGCGAGAGCUGCGUGACGGCCGAGAGGCGAUACGAGCGUGCGAGUCGAAGAUUUCGUUAUGUUUUCUUGGGUUAUUAUAUCCAGUGAUAUAUUACCGUCUUUACUGACGUACAAAUAUAUAUAUUUUUUCAAAAUCCCCAAAUUAUUGUUAUUAUUAUUUUUUUUUUACAGAGGCAGUAGUGCAUCAUUGUGCGUCUAAGACUUUUGCCAUCCCCGAAUAAGCAUUCGGAAAUGGAAAAUAUUUCAGACAGGGUUCAAACAACGACAUCCACGCGAUAGCGACACCUCUGGGGAUAAAAAAAAGCGCACUUUUUUAAAAAAAUUCCACACACUCUCUCUGGACUCGUUUAUUUCAUCAGCAUGACUAGUUAACCGAGAGGCUUAGCACCAGCGGUUCACACGUACGCCUCGCACCUCCGGGGGUUCAGGGAUCGAAUCCCGCCUCCGCGCUGUGUGUGCAGAGCUCCCAUGUUCUCCACGGGUUUCCUCCCCCAGUCCAAAGACACGCGCCUUCCGUAGCGCUCGUCCUUUUCAGGGUCACGGGGAAACCUGGAGACUAUCCCAGGGAGCAUCGGGCACGAGGCGGGGUACACCCUGGACGUGUUCGCACCGCGCCCAGGCGUGUCCCUCGCCUUCCCCCGAGACGGGCUCCGGGAUCAACGGUACGGGAAAUGACCGGAUGAACGACUUAACCGUUGAAAUAUUAAACGCACGAUUAUUAUUCUGGUCAAUUUAUCUUAUGAAUCUUUUUCAUUCCCGAACUCGAACGCGCUAUCGCGAUUUACAGACCUUCUGGUUUCCGAGUGAUUGAAGACGGGAUUAAAUGUUGAACGACAGAGCGAGAAGAACUCGGCUCGCUGUCCGGUCUCCGGCGGCGUCGUAGCUUUAGAUCAGGAUUCAGUGCGCCGUUUUCUUUUGUUCCCUUUUCCUUUUUUCUAUUUCCACACCUUUUGCACAAAUCCCACGCGAGGCGGAGCAGGACUGAGAAAUAACGGACCGAGCUGGGGAUCCGGGCGGAGCGUCGGCGAGUCGAGCCGAUCAUUCACGGCAUCACAGAAUCACAUCAGACUUUCAAACAAGGUUUAAAGACUCGAGGCUUUCACGUCCGAGUCGAACGUUUCGCCUUUACCGGCGAAUCUCCGUAUGACCACGAUCGCCGUACGUGUGUUUAAUAGUCUCUACCUGGGCCUUUUGGUGCUUUUUAAAACUUUCACAAGCACAGGAAGUACGGUUGUCGACGCAGCAGACGGUCUAAGUCGAAUUCUAAGCACACUGUAUUACCCAGCAGCUCGGAUUUCAUAUCUUCUAGCUAGUUUAGAAAUCGCAGGCCGGCGAGGUCUGAUUGCACAAACGUAAUAGCACGUUUAAUUUAUUUUCAUUUUACGUUAUAUGUUCAGACACACUUGCUCCCAAGCGUUGUUUUUUUUUGUCGUCGUUGUUGUUGGUCAUCGUUUUUAAAUUUAGCUUCCUCCUGUAAAUUAUUCCGAGUCCUUCCGAUGCUUUUUGAAGGAUUCAGAAAUGGCUAUGAAACACACGGAGAGCUUUCAUGUCUCUCCGGAAGCUUCAGCGAACAGGCGUUUACCUCGAGACGGAGCAGUUAUCACUACUGUUGAGAUUUGUUCCGUUUCCAGAAGAUCGUCGAGAUCGUCCCUGAGAAUGCCGAAAGGACUUGGGAUCCCGUAUCAGACCCACGGGCUGUGGGUUUGUUUGUGCGUUUGUUUGUUUGUUUGUUUGUUUGUUUUUCUGACCAGACAUUGACAUUGUAAGAACAUUUCUCGGGCAUUUUUGAACUGUACGUGUCUGAUGUAUCAGUUACUGAACCACAGAAAUGUAUUUUCAGUGUAUAGACUCGUCAUUGUUUUUUACCUACACUAUAGAGCAUUAAGCAUCAUCAGUCACGACUGAUUCAGUGAACAAGGAAUCAAAUCAAGAAAGACUGUGGUUUAGUUCAAAACAUGCCAAAGUGUGUGUGUGUAAGUCUACACAUCAGGAGAGGUUUGCGUACUCUUGUAUAUUCUCAAGUGUCACAGUGUAUUUGAAAUAUAAUGUGCAUGUGUGAGAGAAUGAGUGUGAGAGAGAGCAUGGUGUGUGAGAGAGAGUGUGUGAGAGAGAGAGAGAGCGUGUGAGAGAGCGUGUGUGUGUGAGAGAGAGCAUGUGAGAGAGCGUGUGUGUGAGAGAGAGAGCAUGUGAGAGAGAGCGAGCGUGUGAGAGAGCGUGUGUGUGUGAGAGAGAGAGAGAGAGCACGUGUGAGAGAGCGUGUGAGAGAGGAAAGAGCAUGUGAGAGAGCGUGUGAGAGCACGUGUGAGAGUGUGUGAGAGAGAGUGUGUGAGAGAGAGAAAGAGCGCGUGAGUGUGUGUGAGAGAGAGCGUGUGUGAGAGAGCAUGUGAGAGUGUGUGUGAGAGAGAGAGAGCGUGUGAGUGUGUGUGUGAGAGAGCGUGUGAGUGUGAGAGAGCAUGUGUGAGAGAGCAUGUGAGUGUGUGUGUGUGUGUGUGAGAGAGAGAGAGCGUGUGAGAGUGUGUGUGUGUGUAUGAGAGAGCGUGUGAGUGUGAGAGAGCAUGUGUGAGAGAGAGCAUGUGAGAGUGUGUGUGAGAGAGAGAGAGCGUGUGUGUGUGUGUGUGUGUGUGUGUGUGUGUGUGUGAGAGAGAGAGCACGUGUGAGUGUGAGAGAGAGCGUGUGAGUGUGUGUGUGAGAGAGAGAGAGCGCGUGAGAGAGCGUGUGAGAGAGAGAGAGAGCGCGUGUGAGUGUGUGUGUGAGAGAGCAUGUGAGAGAGAGCAUGUGUGAGAGAGCGUGUGAGAGAGCAUGUGAGAGAGAGCAUGUGUGAGAGAGCGUGUGAGUGUGUGUGUGUGUGUGUGAGAGAGCGUGUGAGUGUGAGAGAGCAUGUGUGAGAGAGAGCAAGCGUGUGUGUGUGUGUGUGUGAGAGAGAGAGCGCGUGUGAGUGUGUGUGUGAGAGAGAGAGAGCGUGUGUGUGUGUGUGUGUGUGAGAGAGAGAGAGAGAGCGCGCGUGUGAGUGUGAGAGAGAGCGUGUGAGAGUGUGUGUGUGAGAGAGAGAGAGCGCGUGUGAGUGUGUGUGUGAGAGAGAGAGAGCGUGUGAGAGAGAGAGAGAGCGCGUGUGAGUGUGUGAGAGAGAGCAUGUGAGAGAGAGAGCGUGUGAGAGUGUGUGUGAGAGUGUGUGUGAGAGAGAGAGAGCGUGUGAGAGAGAGAGAGCGCUUGUGAGUGUGUGUGUGUGUGAGAGAGAGCAUGUGUGAGAGAGAGCGUGUGAGAGUGUGUGAGAGAGAGAGAGAGAGCGCGAGAAAAGAUUACACUGUUUGUUAACGUUAUUGUAAGAUUAACACGUGAAGGACGUGAACGCACGUCACAUUCAACCGAAAGCCUUUACUGGACUGUUAAAAGGUUUACGAAAAGCACAAAACUGCUGGUUUUAUUAUUAUUAUUUUUUAGAUUAAAGAUUAUUUAUACACAGCG